AUGGACUCGCCCUCGGAGCUGUCUGACUAUGCAUCAGACGACUUCCCCGAGGAGAUCAAGGGCCGCCGUCGCAGCAUGGAGCCAACGCCCGACGUACACGAGCGGCCCAGCAAGCGUCUGCGCCUGAAUCACGCGCCGCCCGUCGACGACGUGAGCGGUGUCGGCCGUGUCGGCCGUGUAGGCGACGCGGGCGACGUGGGCGACAUCUCCGAGGACAGCGACGGCUCGCUGCCGGCAUCACCGAACCACCAUCCGGGCAUGUCGCAGGAGGACGAAUUCGGGCAGGACCAGGUCACCGUCUGCAAGUGGGAGGGCUGCGAGGCUGGCGACGUGGAGAACAUGGACAACCUGGUCGAGCACCUGCACGACGACCACAUCGGCACGCGCCAGAAGAAGUACAGCUGCGAAUGGAGCGACUGCACCCGCAAGGGCAUCCCACACGCGAGCGGCUAUGCUCUGCGCGCCCACAUGCGCAGCCACACACGGGAGAAGCCCUUUUACUGCACUCUGCCCGAAUGCGACCGCUCCUUCACUCGCUCCGACGCCCUCGCAAAGCACAUGCGCACCGUCCACGAGACUGAAGCCCUGCGGCCCUCCGACCCCGUCCCCAAGCACCACUCAUCGAAUCCCUCGAACAAGUUCCAGCGCAUCAAGCUCGUUCUCUCUAACGAAGCCAAGCGGCCCUCGGAAUCAAAGGCCAGCACGCCCGCCUCGCCCUCGUCGCUGCACCCACCCGCUGCCUCUGCGUCCGCAAUUGCGUCCGCAUCUGCCUCUACACCGCAUCCGCCCGACGCCGACCACGCCCACAAUAACAUCACAUACAUCCAGGACCUCGCCUCCCCCGGCGCGCCCACCAUGGUGCAGUUCCCGCCCGACAUCUCCCUCACGCCCGCCGAGCUGUCGCUCCCCGCCGACGCCCUGUUCCACGCGCUGCGACGCACCCUGCAGUAUGCGACCGAGGAGGGCGAGGCACUGCGCCUGGAAGCCGAAGCCCUCGAGAAGCAGCGCAAAGCCGAGUGGGCCGCCAAGGAGGUCCUGCUUGAGAACUAUAUGGAGUUUCAAAUCGCAAAGACGAAGCGUGACAGGCUAGAACAAGGGCUGCCGGCCGAUCUCGAGGGUCUACAUGCUGCCGAGUGCGAUGCUGCCCCGAGCACCCACUUAGACAUCGAGCCCAAGGAGGGGAGGUUGCCCUGGUGGAGGGACGAAGGGUGGCUACAGCGGCAAGCCCACCCAAGGCAUGGCGCACAAGACCAUGAAGCAAGCCUGGGCUAUGCAUGA